CGCUCCGGGCAAGCGGGCUCGCAGUGCGUGAAACAAGGGCAGAGGCGUUGCAUGCAUGAGCCCAGUGUAGCCAAUGGGGAGGGGAGCGACGCCGCAACACGCCGCGAGGAACGUCGAAGUGGGAAGCGUCGGUUCACAAUGACGACGCCGUGACAGGAGGUGGGGGGGGGGGAUGUGGUGUGUGUGAGGAGCUCGACGCUGCGCUCAGAGGUCACCCCCCCCCCCCCGUCCCUCCUCUCUCUCUCUCCGCCGAGCGCACUUCGGCGUGGGACAAAACGAAUACGUGGCCAUCCCUGCUAUCGUUGGACGUUGUUUCGGCGAGCCUGACCAAGGGAGGUUGGCAAAGCGGCCCCGGAGAGGGAGAGAAAGAGAGAGAGAAAGAAUUGCGGGAAACACGCGACCGAUCCACGCGCGGCUCAACGCGCAGCAUGGAGCCCAGAGCCCGACCCUAGGACGGCGCCUCGAGGUGUUACUUUGACAUUUUAUUUUCUCGCAAGGGUGAAACAAAUGGAUCAACCUACCUUCCAGUGGCAGUACUUUCAGCAUGGCAGUGUACGCCUCCCACCAUUCUGCCGAGGUCGUCUGGAAGCAAUAGCAUCCUUCCCUGUGAGGCCAGAUGAUGUGUGGAUCGCAUCCUAUCCAAAGUCAGGUACAAGUGUGCUGCAAGAGAUGGUAUUCCUAAUAUCACAAGGUGUAGACCCUGCUGAAGUAGGGAUCAUGAAUAUAGCUGAACAGAUGCCAGUGUUGGAACAUCCGCAGCCGGGACUCGACAUACUUACGGAACUGACUACACCGCGCAUUAUAAAAACACAUCUGCCCUAUGGUCUCUUGCCUCGCGAUCUGUGGGACAGCAAGGCCAAGGUGGUGUACAUGGCACGGAAUCCCAAGGACCUAGCAGUGUCUUAUUAUCAAUUCUUGCGCUCUCUGCGCACUCCUGGUUUCCGCGGCUCCUUCCCGGAGUUUUGUCGGCGGUUCUUGGAGAACAGACUGGCAUAUGGCUCAUGGUUUGACCAUGUGCAGGAAUUUUGGAAUCACCGUAAUGAUGAACAAAUUCUAUUUCUCAAGUAUGAAGACUUACAUCAAAACCUGCCUAAAGUGUCAGAGCAGUUACAGGCAUUCUUAAGCAUAAAACAGGAAACGGCUCAUGCCCAGGACGUGGUGCAACAUUGCUCUCAGCUUGUGGAUGCAAGCAUGCAGCCACAUGCACGUGGUCGAGUUGGCAUCUGGAAGGAUUCACUGUCUGUGGAAGAGAGUGAACACUUUGACGUGGCCUAUGGUGAAAGGCUCUCUCAGAUUGGUCUACAGUUUGAAUAUCAACUCUUAUGAUGAAAACAACUCGUGUACAGAGAUAGAAUGGAGGUUUAUAUGCAUCAUUAGAAGGCAGUACAAAAUAAAACAUCUGUAUAAUAGACGUAAUACAUGUCUGCAUAAUAGGGUUGACACGUGCAAGUAUAGGUUAUGGCCACAAGUGGUUCAAAUUGGUAAUAUUUGGACCUGUUAUUUUUUUCCCAACUGUAUAAUAGUGGCAUCACACAAAACGUAUGUUCUGUUUCACAAUUGUCCUCGGUUAAGCAUAACAUUUGACAACACAGUCCACCGUUAACAUUUGUGGAGGAUACGUUCCUGGAGAGCACCUCAAAUAUAUCUGCGAAUAUUAAUACUUACAUAAUCCAAAGUAUAAUGCACAUUCCAUCCUAGGAUCCCAACGCACAAUUGCAUGAAAAGCAGGAAAUAUAAAACUGAACCAGGGCAGCCGGCCAAACUAAAGAGGGAAGGCCACUCUAAGGAGAUGGGUUUUCAAAUAUAUCUACCAACUCUGAUUUCCUGAUUUCAAGUGGCAAAGCGUCCCAUAGCUUGGGUGCCACGCUAGAAAAAGCCCGAUCACCAAGAGAGCGCAACCUGGACCUGGGAGUGCUGAGCAGUUGGAGAUCAUAAGAUCUUAAGGACCUUGAUGGAAUAUAUACAUCUAUUAGUUCCUGCAAGUGUGAGCCCUUUUAAAGCAUUAUAGGUUAAUAGCAGUAUCUUAAAAUCCAAUCGGAAUUUGACUGGUCGCCAAUAAAGAGAUAAGAGAACUGGCGUAAUGUGCUCACAGAAUGGUGUACGUGUAAUAAUGAAAGUUUUUGGAACAAAUAGCGCGUGUCUAUGUGUUGUCUCUCUCUCUGCUUGUGCGUCUGUGUGUCUCCGUGUCUGUGUUUUGUCUCUCAAAUUUAGUUCUACCUCAUGACGACUGCUUGUGUUGCAAUGGAAACGUAGUAUUCUAUUAUUUAAUUAAUUUUCUUUCUACGUCACUUCACCAUAUAAGUUAUGUUUAAACAUGUAAAUUGUAUGCACUGUAUUGAUUAAUUCAUGUAUUGAAUUGUGUUAUAUAACUUUUUAUAAUGAUGAAAAUAAAAAUUUGAAAGUGCAAA